CAUCGCACAUAUCCAAUGAUGGCACCAGGUGGGAGAUGUUGUUCGGGCACUGGAUCUACCCCUUCCACCCGUGAUGCGGCGGAGACAGCAUCGCCGUCACAUGUUGCAUCACAGGCAUCUGAUCCCUCAAUCGUUCAUACACCGAGCACUGCAUCAUCAUCGACCAGCCGACGAGGACGUGGACCCACGCAUGGGUUAGCUUUACAGAGACUUACGCGUGAGGGUAAGGUAACAGUAGAGUUUCCACAGGACUAUCUUAGACCUGUUGGGGAGAAUGCCAGGUUGUUUACAUCGGAGGUCGGUGUCUUAUGUCGAUCUCUGAUCCCUACCACCACCCCUAUUGAGUAGACGUGACAGAUGAUGUGCGGCAGCA